GUUUGCCAAGAUUGAGAUCAGUGCCUCCAAGCCUAUCAUCCCAUUCAGAGAGACCGUGAUCAGACCACCCAAAGUGGACAUGGUCAAUGAAGACCUGGGGAAACAACAGAAGGUGAAAGAGUCAGACACCCUGCACCUGGACCCCAGCGGCCUGGUGACCCUCACCACCCCCAACAGACAGGCCACCGUGGGGGUACGGGCCAUACCACUACCCGAAGGUGAGAGAGAGUUGAGCUGGCAGGUCAGGCCCAGAGGGAGGGAGGACCCUGGACAUGAGUACCUGGACCCUAGAUGCCCUGAUGGUGCUGAAGAGCAGGCUGGAGGUCCUGCUGCAGGGAGGAAGUGGAGAAACGCUGUGGACCGGAUAUGGGCCUUUGGACCACGCAGGUAUGGACCAAACAUCCUCCUUAACAGCGUAGAGGGGUACCAGAGACCAUCCGUGUGGCACUGCCUCGAACGAGAGAAAGGAGAGAAAGAGGGAGGGGCGAAAGCUGAGGCCAGUGCCAUCCGAGACUUUGACAACAGCGUUGUCAGCGGUUUCCAGCUCGCCACCCUCUCUGGUCCAAUGUGUGAGGAGCCCCUCAUGGGUGUCUGCUUCUCUGUGGAGAGAUGGGACAUGAACUUCCCCACCCAGCGCACCCACCUGGACUCUGUGACUGAAGAAGACUCCAACUCCCUUGAUGCAUCUGUUUCCGAAAGCCCCGGUGAGGCUGCAGGUCAGCAGGAGGCCUCAGGCAAGGCAGGGGGAGCGGGUGAGACGCCUUCCAAGGCAGAGGGUGCUGUGGCUGGGGCGAGCCAGGGGAGACGCAGGGCGGAGGUUGUGGCCGGGCUAGUGGACUGCUACGGGCCGUUCUCUGGCCAGCUCAUAGCUGCUGUGAAGGAGGCUUGUCGGCACGCGUUCCAGGCCAAACCUCAGAGACUCAUGGCUGCUAUGUACACCUGUGAAAUCAUGGCUACAGCAGAGGUGUUAG